GAUAGAUUCCUGGAGCUCUUCUACAUGUACGACGAAGACGGUUACCAGUCCUACUGCACCGUCUGCUGCGAAGGGAAGGAGCUGCUGCUCUGCAGCAAUUCCAGCUGCUGCAGGUGCUUCUGUGUGGAGUGUCUGGAGGUGCUGGUGGGGCGAGGGACAUCAACCAAGGCAAAAGAGCAGGAGCCCUGGAACUGCUACAUGUGCCAGCCCCAGAGGAGCUAUGGGGUGCUACAGCGCCGGCAGGACUGGAACCCCCGCCUGCAGGACUUCUUCACCAGCGACAAGGGACAGAAAUACGCUGCACCCAAAAUCUACCCAACGGUCCCACCAGCGGAGAGGAGACCUAUUCGAGUGCUCUCUUUAUUUGAUGGCAUUGCAACAGGGUAUUUGGUGCUGAAGGACUUGGGCAUCCAAGUGGAGAAGUACAUCGCCUCAGAGAUCUGUGAAGAACCCAUUGCUGUGGGCACCAUGCGGCAUGAGGGCAACAUCACCUACGUGCACGAUGUCAGGAACAUAACCAAGAGAAACAUCGAGGAGUGGGGUCCCUUUGACCUGGUGAUCGGUGGAAGCCCCUGUAACGACCUCUCCCUCGUUAAUCCUGCCAGGAAGUCGCUGUAUGAAGGAACUGGGAGGCUGUUCUUUGAAUUUUACCACCUGCUCAACUACGCCCGUCCCAAGGUGGGAGAGGAGCGUCCCUUCUUCUGGAUGUUUGAGAACGUGGUGGCCAUGAGGGUCAAUGACAAGAGGGACAUUUCUCGGUUUCUGGAGUGUAACCCGGUCAUGAUUGACGCUGUCAAGAUAUCGGCUGCCCACCGAGCCCGCUACUUCUGGGGCAACCUUCCCGGGAUGAACAGGAUCUUUGGCUUCCCCCUCCCCUACAUGGAUGUCUCCAGCACUGGCCGUGGGGCUCGCCAGAAGCUGCUGGGGAGAUCGUGGAGUGUCCCCGUCAUCCGGCACCUCUUUUCCCCGCUCAAGGAUUACUUUGCCUGUGAAUAG